AUGGUUUUUGAAAGUAGACGGAUGACUGAAGGAAAAGAAACCAACCUUGAUGAAACAUUGAGAACAGUCGCUGACCUUCCAGAAGGACGACCAACUCUGCAGCAAAUCAACAUCUCUGCAGUAACAAGACAAAGAAAGGACGGUGGACAUGACUUAAAGCCUACUUGGAACACUUUCCAAGAGAACCAAAAGAAACACCAAACACACACUGAAAAACUACUCAGAAGACUUCACCUCCAGGACCAACAUCAACACAUGCUGUCAUCAGAGGACUUUGUACAAAUAGGUCCACCUAUAAAAAAGACUAAUGAGAUCUUUGAGAGAGAUCUAGUUUGUGCUUUUCUUCAGAGGUUGAUGAUGUUAGAUUAUAGAGCCAGAUACAUCACUGUACAGCAAGAAAGCUCUGAUGUGAACAAUUCACAGGCUGUUCAAGUGUCUGACAGUGCUGUCACAGAUGACGAUGACUUAGAUGCUCUUUUUACAACUAAUGUAGACAUAGAUCAGUCAAAAGAGAAUCAUGUGCACCCAAUGGAUGUUCAAAUGGCAGUAUUUCACUGCUCAGACAGCUUCCUUAAACAGAAAAUGAUCACAAAGUUGUCACAGUGUCAGUAUGCCUUACCACUGCUUGUUCCUGAUCCUCACACAACAAAUCUUGAGUGUCCUUUGUGGACGUUCAGACAAAUAACAAAAACAUGGAAAAUAAGCACAAACAAAGAAAAUGCAACCACUGUCACCAUGAAAAGCAUGCCAAUCUACAAAGCUGAGAUUCCCAUGGUUUCAUUUUUCAGACUGGGCUCCAUGUCUUUGUCCAAAUCUCAGCUGAUGAAUGCCUUGAUCAACGACCGCCAUGACACAUUCUUCCACAGAAACUGUAAAGGCAGCACCAAAUCUCGUCAUUUGAUGGAUGGCGUGGCAGAGAUUGCCUGGUACUGUCCUGCUGGAAAAGACAAUGAUUUCUUUACUGACUGCAUUGCCUUCUGUAAUCUUCAUGGGGAUUCUCUAGCAAUUGGAAAACAGCGUGAAAUCCUGACUGAAAUGUCAUCAGUCAUUGUUGUUCUUGUGCCAACUCUGGAAAAAAGCCAGGAAAGUACUGCAGUCAUUUCUAUGCUUUACAAGUCUUCAAAGCCUCUAAUCAUCCUCAAUGCAGACAAUGACUGUAGUGCAGUUCGGGUGAAGCCUCAAAAAUACAAACUGGGUAUGAAAGAAAGAAGCCAGUCGGAUGUUUCUGAAGAACUAAAAAAGAUUAUAAAAAGCCUUUUGUCUGAACCCCACACAUCCUUCCGGCUGGAAACUAUGGCCAAAGUCUCUGGGAUCAUAGUGGAUGAAGAUCAGAAAAUCUGCCAGAAUGGGAAAUCUGCUGCAAUGGAAAUAGUUGAAUUGAUUGAAAAGAUGGACGUUGCCAAAAUCAAAGAUAAAUUUCUUCCCUGCCAAGGUCAACUUUGGUCCAACUGGUGCAAAAUCAAUAAAGAGCUGCAUCAUCUAAAGGGAGACAUUGAGAUAGAAAAGGGCCAGAAGAGUCAUCAGCUGAUGGAACUACGAAAGAAACAGUGUGAUGUGUCCGACAGUAAACUGAUGAGGUUGUUCACUCAGAGGCUCCAGAGUUUGCCACCAAAAGAAAGAGAAUAUUUCCUGACAUGGACUCAGAUCCUUAUAGAUGCCCUCUCCACAGAUGAUCUCUCUUCAAUUCUCCAAAACUAUGAUGAAACCUGGUCAGAAGUCUUGGUCUUGAAAAAGAAACAUGACAAAACUGCUCAAUUAAAACACAAACAAACUGAGCUUGAACUGUUGUCAAAAAAGCUUCAAUCAGCAACCUUUGGUCUGGAACACAUCUUCAGAGAGAUGGGACAGAUCUAUGAAGCCCAUAAAUCUUUGAAGAAACCAUCGCUGGGCCAACAGCCUGACUGGACUAAAUACCCUGAGCUGGCUGCAGAUCUGAUGAUAUCAGGACACCCGAUGGAGCUGAUGGAUGGGGAUGCAGGCCAUGUGCCUUUAAUAUGGAUCUCUAAUCUUUUACAGGAAGUCAUCAAGAAACUCGGUGACCAGAGAGUCUUUGUGCUGUCAGUUCUGGGUGUACAAAGUAGCGGAAAGUCAACAAUGCUGAAUGCCAUGUUUGCAGUCAGUGCUGGGAGGUGCACCAAGGGUGCCUACAUGCAACUGGUUAAGCUGUCAGAGGAAAACAAGGAUAAAUACCAGUUUGACUACAUUCUAGUUGUAGACACUGAAGGACUGCGAGCUCUUGAGUUAGCAGGGAAUGCUACCCUUCAUCAUGACAAUGAACUUGCAACAUUUGUUGUUGGUCUGGGAAACAUGACACUGAUCAACAUCUUUGGUGAGAAUCCAGCUGACAUGCAAGAUGUCCUACAAAUUGUUGUUCAGGCUUUCAUGAGGAUGAAGAAAGUCAAACUUUCUCCAAGUUGUGUGUUUGUCCAUCAGAAUGUCACAGAUAUUACAGCAGCAGAGAAAAACAUGGACGGAAAGAGACGUCUGCAAGAAAAACUGGACAAGAUGGCUCAACUUGCUGCCAAAGAGGAAGUGUGUGAUGUUGAGUGCUUCAGUGAUGUCAUUGCAUUUGAUGUGCAAAAAGAUGUAAAAUACUUUGCUCAGCUGUGGGAGGGAAGUCCACCAAUGGCUCCUCCAAAUCCAGGUUAUAGUGAGAGUGUCCAAGAACUGAAGUCCAUCAUCUUGUCUAAAGCCAAACAGUCUACUGGAAUCACUCUGUCACAUUUCAGCACCAAAAUUCAGGACCUGUGGAACGCCUUGAUGAAUGAACACUUUGUUUUUAGUUUCAAAAACACCCAGGAAAUUGCAGUUUAUAGAAAACUGGAGGUCCAAUAUGGGAACUGGACUUGGGCCCUGAGGAGUGAGAUGCUGAACAUUGAAAAUCAACUUUAUCCCAGAAUUGAAAAAGGCCAACUGGACAAAGUUGAGCUGAGUUACCUUACCAAAGAAACUAAUAAAACAUACGAAGAAGUAACAAAAAAUAUGACAGAUUACUUUGAAGAUGACAAAGACAAAGAGAUGUUGGUUCAAUGGCGGGGUCGAUUUGAGACCAAAAUCAAAGAGUUUCAUGAGGAUCUUGUGAGAGGAGUGAAAAGAAAACUGGAUGAAGUAAUCCAGCAAAACAAUGCAAGAAAAAAACUUGACAACAAGAAGACAGAGUUUGAAAACAAUCUGUUCCAGAAGAGCAAAGAGCUUGUUCACCUAUUAAAAUGCAUUACGUAGGAUGAAGAGGAACUAAAAGCACAGUUCA